CACUUUCUAUUGGCUUUUCUCUCCCCACACAACCAUCAAUUCCUUUCACACUCUCCUCCUCCUUUUGAAGUUUCUCUGCAACCAAAAAAACCAUCAUAACCCUCUCCUUCAGUCUCAUUAUUCUCUCUGGAAACCAUCAUCUCUCCUUCUCUGCCAUGGAUUCAGGCAACAGUAGUAGCAUGCAAUCCUCAAGCGGUGGUGGCGGAGGAGAUCAGGAAGAAUACGACUCACGCGCCGAUCAAUCAAUCUCUGCUUUCUUCAACAACAACAACACAACCACCGUCUCCUCCAACAUCGCCGGUCAAACACAGCUUGACUCUCUCAUAGCUAACUACUUCAACACGGGUUGGUCAACCGAUAACUCUCUUUGGUCAGCGACGACUACAAAGCCGACCGAUGUCUCUAGUCCUAGACCGCCACUACCGAUCUCAUCAGAACCAGUCUUCUUCACAAACCCACUCCAACAAAAUCUGAGAACAGUUUCAAACAACACAAACACAACUAGUCCCGUUUGUUCCGUCCCAGCAGACAAGAAAAACGGUCUUAACAACAUGGCGACACGAAAUCCGAAGAAAAGAUCUCGAGUCUCGAGACGAGCGCCUACGACUGUUUUGACUACCGACACUUCAAACUUCAGAGCCAUGGUUCAAGAAUUCACCGGUAAUCCUUCAACUCCUUUCACCGGAUUAUCGUCAUCUUCUCCUUUUCCAAGAUCAAGAUUUGAUCUCUUCGGUUCUUCUUCUUCUUCAUCCUCACGACCCUUGAAACCCUUUCCUCACAAACUCGUGUCUUCAUCGACGGUAAAUCAUCAUCAUUACCUUCCUACUUCUCCAGAUUAUCAUCAUGAUCAUCGUCAUCAGAGUCUUCUCCAUAACACGAACACCCAAAACAUCACAAACCCUUUUCUCAACAACCAAAGUCCUAACAACCCUUUAACGGACCAGCCACUUCCGUUGAGCUUGAGAACGAAUAAUGGUUUUGGACACGUGGACGUUGGAACAAGCUUUGAAGGACUUCACGAUAUUAUCGUCUCUUCGUCGUCAUCGAUGACGCAGUCAACCCUAAAUAUUAUUCAUGGAUCGGGCAAGAAUUCUGAAGCCGAGAAUGACAAUGAUCUCUUUAGAUCCCUCAAUGGUGGAGAUCAUUCCAUUGUGCAAAGAUCCGAUGGUUACACACCGCCCAUUGCUUCUGGAUCGGAGAAUAAUCUAGCGGUGGCGAGAAAUGAAGGUAUGGUGGAAUUAUCAUGGAUCUCUUCUCCUGAUUAGAUUCAAUUCUAACUUUGUUUAUCACAUUAUAUAUGAUCGUAUUUAUCUUUAGCCAUAUAUAAAAAAAAGGAAAAGAAAACCUUAGCGAAAAACAUCUGAUGAAUGGGACAUGAAUUAAUUAGUGUAUGGAAAGAAUUGGGAAUCUUUUAUGUUCUAAAGCUUCAAUGGUAUAAUUAACAAUGACUUUCUACAUAUUCGAACAAUGUUUUUUUCUUUCUUUCUUUCCUUUCUAUAAUGCUGUUUCGGUUUUUAUUGGACUGGAUGUGUGUAUAUAUAGAACUGGACAAUAUUUACAGAUAUGUUUGAUUUUGAUCAUCGGCUCGAGGUUAGUAU